AUGGGCCUCUUGCCCCAUUUUUCUGCCCCAUGGCAGAAGCGCCGGAGCCGAAAAAGGAAGAGCCCCCCGCCUCCCCAGCUGGGGGAGGACAGCCUGGGCCGCUCGGUGGCCCGGAGCGUGGGUGGCUUCUCCUUGGGCAUCAUCCUCUCCGCCGCGUAUGGAGCGCUGGUCCUCUUGGCCCAGGGCUACAACAUCUGGUACUGCCUCUUGUCCACCAUCACCCUGGCCAUCAGCCUCAGCCUCGGCAUGGCCUUCUCGUUUAAAGUGAGAGCCACUGUCCUCCUAAUGCUGCCUCAGAUUUUCUCGAAGGAAGGGAAGAUGAUGCUGAUGUUCUUGGCCUUCGGCCUGGCCAUGGAAGGCCCCUUCGUGAACAUCAUCCGCAACUUCACCCGAAGCGCGGAGGCCGUCUCCUGCGGGGCGGAGCUCGCCCUCAACCAGACGGUGGAGAUGCUCCAGAGGGCCCGCGAACCUUUGCUCAAGGAAGGGAAGAUGAUGCUGAUGUUCUUGGCCUUCGGCCUGGCCAUGGAAGGCCCCUUCGUGAACAUCAUCCGCAACUUCACCCGAAGCGCGGAGGCCGUCUCCUGCGGGGCGGAGCUCGCCCUCAACCAGACGGUGGAGAUGCUCCAGAGGGCCCGCGAACCUUUGCUCAAUGCCUUGAAGAAAAUCAAGGAGAUUGCCCAGAAGGCCAAAGUAGUCGGGGACCGGGUUCGAAAGCUUUUCCGGUCUGUCAUGGACUCCGUGAGGCAUGUCGCUCACUGUCUCCGCAACGUCUGGUACUGGCUCCUGAAUCUGGGCGAAGUCUGUAACGAAGAGAUGGGCGCCCCUUACCGGAAGUGCGUCCGUAUCUUCGAAAACGCCAAGGACCAGUGCCAGCGUGUCGUCCCCCUCUUCUAUUACCUCUGUUACAUUGUCCUGCUGUUUAAAUACCUCUGCGGGUUGGCGAACGUCCUCCUGGUCUUUUGCGUUAUCCCCCAGUACAUUGUGCCGUUCCUGCGUCGCAGAGUGGCUGAACCGGUGGUGGCCCUGCUGGACCGCGUCCGGGCCGAAUUCGAAUUCAACCUCACCACCGUGCACCGGUACGAGGUGAACGUCAAUGCCAGCAAGAGCCUCUCCCAGGUGGCCUUCGACAUCAUGGAGGAGGUCUCGGCCCGCCUGCAGCCGGCGACGGAAGCCGUCGGGCUUUUCGGCUACACCUCCACCCUGGUGAUGCUUUUCAUGUACAUCAAAGCGCUGCUCUAUCGGAAACAUUACCUCCACGAAGACAGUUUCGAUAACAUCUACAUCACGAUGGCCUUCCUUGAAAUGGAUGAGAUGCGGAGAAAAAACAAGAGGCCCACCGUCCUGCCCUUGUCCGCGAGGGAAAGCACUAAAUACAUCCGCCCAGUCUCGCUCUCCAUGCCCCACAAAGAGCAGCUACGCUAUGCUCUGGCUCUCAUCUCCAUCUGUCGCCAAUUGAUUCUCGUCAUCUUGCUGAUCGCAGCCGACUUCUCCGUCUUCUGGCUUUUGGACCUGGUGCGGUAUCAUCUGCAUGGCGAAAUUGUUGCAAGAGCUCCAGUGACCAUGAAUGUCGGUGUAAACGGGACCGGCUACACGGGUGAAUUGUACCGUGACAUGGUCUCUGCGUUUGAAGUGCUACAGCAAGGCAACGUUAGCGUGCUGUCCCGAAAAUGUCGUUUGCGUCCAGCUGAGCCCGAUUACAAUGGCUACAUUAUCAUUGGUUUCAUGUACGGCUCCUGUUUCUUCAUCGCCAUCUUUGGCACCUACAUCCAGCGUCUGCAGCGCGUUGUAUGUGCCUGGUACUAUCCUUCCCGAGAACGGGAAAGGAUCUGUUACCUUUACAACACCAUCCUGACCCGGAGGACCGGCUUAGCCCAAGCCGUGCUCAAGGCAGUGAGAGAGCGGUCGGCCGACGGGGGCCACACGAACCUUUUGGUGGUUCUUGCCACAAAAUUUAGAAUGUGUGCCUGGUUGGUGAAGAAGCUAGGCGUCCACGAAUCGUACUGCAUGGGCUGUGGGCGAAUCCGGGAGGGUGCGGCCAGCGUGGAGUUUGUCUCCUGCAUCACGCCAGCAUGCCGAGGUAUCUAUUGCCCCGAUUGUUACAAGCUCCUGAACAACACCUGCUCCAUCUGCAUGGCCCCCCUCACCUACCAGGGAGACAUGGACGAGGAGAUGGAUUCCAGCGACGAAGAAGCCAUGGCGCUGUGGAUCGGGGCAGUGCAGGCUCUCCGGGAGGCACCGGACGAAGAGCGUCAGAAACAGCGUCGGCAGCUGAAGGCUCGGAUCGAGCGGGCCGUGAAGGGGCGGGCGGGCUGUCGCCGCCUGCCGCCGGAGCUGGCCCAGAAGAUCCUGGCCCAGCUGAAGGCAGACGAGAAAGAGAGCGCCAGCAGCUCGGACGAAGAAGGUAGCAGCGCCUCUUCCUCGGGGUCUGGCACCAGCAGCCUUGAUUUCGGUUAUCAGAGAGAAGCCGAAACCAGUGGCAGCGAAGAACUGGAAGAAGUGAGAAGCGACUGA